ACCUCCCUGUACUGUAUGUGUUCUAUUUUCUGAAUGCUCUGCUAAAUUUUCCAGGAAUGUAGACUGGUUCCGUUGUAAAACUGUAUGGUACCCUGUAUACUCAAGACGUCUGUAUGUGUGUUUCGCAGUUUCAACAUGGCUGCGCCCGGUAAAGAAAGGAAUUUUUCUGGCCGUGGUUCUCCUCAGAAUACUCUUAUAAUACGUCACCUUCCAAGUUCUAUGAAUUCUAUGGAGAAACAAGACUUCUUGAAGUAUUUUGGGGCUGAGCAUGCCAAGGUCUUAUCCAAUUACGGGAGAAUGAAACAUACAGCUUUUGCUUCAUUCAAAGACCACAGAUCUGCAGAACAAGCCCUUUCCAGAUUGCAUCAGUUGAAAGUCUUGGGUCAUACACUUGUGGUGGAAUAUGCCAAGAAUACUGGCAGUAUUCCUGAGGCUGAGCUAGCCGCUGACACAGAGGACAGAUGUAAGGAAGGGACUAUUUCUAGAACUGAUGAAGAUGGUAUGAAACAAAGCAAUGAAGGAGAACGUCAAACGACCAUACUCCAAGAAGAGAUGAAAGGCCUUCAUCAAAGACUGAUGGGGUUAUCAUCCAAUCACGGAUUUGAUGUGCCACUGAAUCCAACAGUUCGUUAUCGCUACCCUGCACCAACUGUAAACAUCUUAACAAACAUCAUCAAUACCUUGGCAUCAGCUCCCAAGUUUUACACCCAAGUACUUCACUUGAUGAAUAAGAUGAGUCUGCCAGCUCCAUUUGGUCCAGUCACACCUACUCCACCACUGGCAGAGGAUACUGUACUGCAGCCCUCUAUUGACAGUAAUCGGUCAGUCAUGGCUAUGGAUGUAUCAAGUUCAAGUGACGAGGAAUCUGAGAUUGAGAGUGAUCCGGAAGAAAGAGAAAAAACGGAAGAAGUGAGAGCAUCCCUGAAGAGGCCCUUAAAGACGAAGCCUCUGCAGCAACCAAAGAGACAUAAAUUGCAGUCCAUUGCACCCCCUAAGAACCCACAGACUGGUCCGCUGACAUCUCAACCAGCUAAGGCAGUCAAUGUGUUUGAACAACCACUGAUGGCAGCCAGCAAGAGAAUUGAAUUCAAGAUAACAGAGAACAUCGGAGGGUGUGUGGAUGGCCAAACACAAGCUGUGAAAGAUCAAUCACUGCCGGGUAUCUAUGAUCCAUCAGUGGCUGAUACUUUAGAGUCUUCUCAACAAGUCUCAGGGUUUGGAACAUUUGAGCAUCCAGUAACUGAGAAAGAUGAAGCUCCUUCCAAGAAGGGUUUAUACGAAGCUGAUGAUGAAGAUGAAGAUGAAGAUGUUGAGGAGGAAUUGACUGAGUUUAUAUCCAGAAAGGAACUCAGAAAUAAACUUCCAUCACAUGAAAUAAAGAGGCAUCCAGUAUUUAAGCGCUAUGAGAGGGGUGAACCUACCACAAGGCUGUACCUUAAAAACCUAGCUAAAACAGUCGAGGAAAAAGAUUUGAAGUAUAUCUUUGGUCGUUAUCUGGACUGGACAUCGCCAAUUGAUAAAGACAUGUUUACCAUACAGCUGAUGACCCAGGGUCGAAUGAAAGGUCAAGCGUUUGUUGGUCUACCCAGCGAGUUUGCUGCUGAGAAAGCAUUGAAGGACACCAAUGGUUACAUUCUACAGGGCAAACCCAUCGUAGUGCAAUUUGCAAGAUCUGCUAAGUUAAAGGAGAAGGAGGCCCCCAAGAAGAAGACAACAAGGAGGGAGAUUUGAAGGGGAGGAAACGCCAAGAAUUUUAUCUUUGAGAGGGCAAGGCCAUUCUGCAAACAGCACUUCCGCUGGAAAUUCUUGAAGUAUAUGGGAACUCUCCAUGUCGCUGUUCGUGAUUUGAGAUGUGUGGCGGUAAGACUAUGAGAAUAAAAGCAGGCAAUUUCAUCUCUGAGAGGGCAAGGCCAUUUUCAUUUUCCAAACAGCUCUUCCGCUGGAAAAUCUUAAGUCUAUGGGAACUCCCAUGUUGGUGUUUGUGAUUUGAUUUGUGUGGCGGUAAAGGCCGGUUCAUACUCGCUGCGUAUUCACUGCAGAUAAUUAAUAACAACAUCUAUAACGCUAAACAUUGACACAUCAAAUAGUGUUCAUUGAAAUCAAACUGUUUUUUUAUUGUUUUCAAAUAAUGACAGAAUACAAUUUUAAUUUUCUUUUUAACUGCACACAAACAUUCUUGCCAUUUGAUUGGUAGAACAAGUUAUCCUUUUUGUUGCCCUGUACAUGUAUGCUGCCGCAACAAUCCAAUAUUAAAUACAGUCCUAUAUGGAUAAUUGUAGGAUGCUUCACAGCAUUGGCAAUGCUGUUGCUUCCAAAAUAUUCUUUUCCUACAAUUUUUUUCAAACAAGGCAAGGUCCUAUCACGAAGGACAAGGUUGUUGCGUAUAUCGCGUCCUCCAUGUUAUUUAAGAUUAUUUAAAUAGAAUUUUCAGAGCAUAGGUCGUACAUGUUUUAGUCGGAAACAAAACAUUUCAAAUGACAAGGAUAUAAUAUGAGACUUUAAUAAAACAAAUAUUGAAUGCAGUGUGUUCAUGCAGUGUAGCCGAAUAUAAUUAUUCGGUGAAGUCUGGGCCCAAUUUCAUGGCUCUGCUAACCGUAAGCACAGAAUCGCCGCUUACGGAAGCAGGGAAUUCUGUGCCUAUGGCAAGCGUUUCUCACGGGUUAGCGGCGAAUGUUUGCUUCUGGGCGUGCGUACCCCACGUUACCAAGCAUUGUAGGUCACAAGGCUAGCGCAGAAAUUAGGCGCUUGCACGUAAGCGGGGAAUCGUGGUCGAAAGCACAGAAUUUGGCGGAGUGCAUAGCCAUGAAAUUGGGCCCUGGCUAUUCCAUUUCACUCAGCCUCGCCUUCUGAAUUUGAGUAGUCCAGAUUUCACAAAGUGAUUGUAUUCAACAACAAUGCACUCAUCUGCAUUCAAUAUUUGUUGGUACAAAACUUUCUUUUGUGAAAUUGAUUUUUAUUAUGUGUGUGUGCAGUUGCCAACACCUUUUGAACAAUUCAGGAAAUAUACAUACAGUCAUUUUGUUUUUUACAGUGUAAAAUAAAUGUCACUGAAAACAGCUUGGAAAUAUCCAUAAACUAUUUCUAGAAUCUUUAAUUAUUGCUAACCUUCAGUUGCCCUCUUUCUAAUCACUACGACCAAUCCUAAGCAGGAAGGGAAAACAGUCUGGUCCUUUUUGAAUUAUGAUGGAUAUUACUACUGAGCACGGGGUAUAAGACCGCGUUAAUAAGAUAGUGUUUCCUGUCAAUACAAAAUGGGUUAAACUGGCGUCACAAACCAGCCAUCAACAACAACACUUUAUGGGUCGUUUGGAAAAGGAAAAUGAUUUUGUCAAGUAUCCAAUAGUAUACCAGGCUUACAACUUAUGGUCUCCAAUAGUCUAGACUUUUUAUACCUUCAGGAAUAAACUCAAACUUUAUUUUCAA